AAGAAGUUAUCUCUUGCUUUGCCUUUAUGUAAUCACAUGCAGGUAUUUCACCUAACUUUUGUGUUAUGGGCGUAAAUUUUAUAUUUUCUCUUUCUGUCAGGUUAAACUAAAAGAUACAUGAUGCACAGAAGUAAAAGCAUGCCGUUUCUUCCAAACGUUUCAAGAAAUAGAGGCAGGGGCCAGAGAAGGGGAAGAAGGAGAGGACCAGACUGGUCAAACCCCAGGGCCCAGUGUGCAUGUGAGGAGAGUGACGAUGAAUCGUCCUCAAGCAGUGUUAGUGAGUAUUCUCACCAGAGCCGUGUCGAUGAUUACUGUCACCAGACUAGACCCCUCAGAAGAAGCAUGAGUCGAGAUGAGGAGAGUUCUUCAGAAUUACGCAUUUUCGAUUUUCUAGUAAAAUCAGUUAGCGGAAUUGUCAGUAUUUUAAGAUUAAAGGAGGACUUUUACCAAAUACCAUCUAAUUUUGAUGAGUGGAUCUUGGACCCCAAAGAAAGGCUACUUGUCUUCAAACAAGAGCACUCGACUCCACUUUACAUUGGGCCUUUCCUUCAGGAGGUCACGCUUUGUCCAGAUCACAUGGCACAAAAUGGCAUGUGUGACCGAGUGAACUGUAACCAUUUUCAUAUUUGCCAAUUCUAUCUAAAUGGUUGGUGCAGACUUGGAUAUAGAUGCAGAAAAGGACACGGGUUUAACGAUGCACAUAAUGGGAGAUUAAAAGAAAAGCUUGGAUUAUCCAAAUAUAUCGAUAAGGAAUUGAAAGUAAUACUUAUAAAUAGAUACCCUCAAGUAUGUAACAUUAGAAACUGCAAUGGUGGGGAAGAAUGUCCAUAUCUUCAUAUUUGUUACAACUUUAUCAAAAAUAGAUGCAAAAGCGACCUCUGUGGUGAAGGACAUUCAUUUGAGACGCCACACAACAAGUGGGUUCUGUCAGUAUACAGAAUGGAGAAAUGGCCAAAGAAAAAUCUACCUUUGCUGAAUGCUUUGAUCAACAAGCCACAAAGACCACAAAAGUCACAUUUUCUCCAGCUUACCAGUAUUUCCUCUGCCGGUUGCAAAAUUGAACAGGAACAGUCAUCAGAAAGUGUGAAGAGAUUGGAUGCCCAUAAGAGACACAUUUGUUUGAGUCGUUUGACAGGGGGCUGUCAGGAAAGGGACUGUGAUAAACACCACACUACCCUCCCCUACCUCUGGCAAAUCCGCAUCUAUGGAGAAUGGUUCAGCUUUGACGAUGAAGAAAACCAGAAACUGGAACAAAGCUAUUGUGAUUUACAGGACAUGGCAAUCGCAAAGAUUAUGGCUCGGAAGGAGAGUUUCGAAAUCAGGGUGCAUUUUGCUAAAGAUUAUGGAAUCAUUGAAAAAUCUGCUGGAAAACCUCUGAACACAUCUUGUCCCUUGGAAACAAGACGCCUAUCUUCUUCUUCGUUUGCCACGGAAGACUCGCCUCUGACAUCGGGUUCCUUCCACACUCAGUGGAGGUGGUACUUCUUAGAUGACUUUCGGCGCUGGAUUCUGUACGAAAAGGAUGAAUUUCAAUACACACUAGAGAAGAAAUACGUAAUGGGACAAAAGAAUUACCUGUUCACACGACGAAAUCACAGACACCAAUACAGAAUUGAAUUUGUCGACUGGACACAGCUAAACUAUGUCACCUCAAAACUUCGCUUGGUUGCAAGACGACCAAAAUUUGUUUGCCUCUCUAAUGUUUUGACGAAGUCAUUUCCUAAGUUUCUGAAGAUACGUGCACCUGAACCAUAUCCUCAGUUAUGGAAUCCAGUGGAUAUAACGCACGACUUUGAAUGGGUUGACCUAGAUAAAACAACGCCAGAAUUCAAAGAGAUAAAAACGUCAUUCUUCGAGACACUUUCUGAAAAACGUUUUCAGAUCUGCAAUAUCUACCGCAUUCAGAAUCUGGUUCUUUGGAAAGAAUAUGAAAUGAAAAAAGCAAAUAUGGAAAGAGUACUUGCUACGAAGGAUGGUAGUGUUGAUGAGAGAAGCCUGUUUCAUGGCACUGAUUGCGUUGACACUUGUUACGGUAUCUGUACCAACAAUUUUGAUUUCCGACUCAGCGGGAAAAAUGCAACUGUAUAUGGGAAAGGAUCGUACUUUGCAGUAUCAGCUGCUUACAGUAAUUCAUACACAGGAGGGUGUACUCGCUAUAUGUUUAAAGCCAGAGUUCUGAUUGGGAAAUAUACUCUGGGGAGAGAAGGCAUUAACUGCCCUCCGACUAUCCCUAGACAAGGACACAAGAGAUACGAUUACUGUGUUGACAAUAUCAGAAACCCUUCAAUUUUUGUUAUUUUUGACAGGAACCAGUGCUAUCCAGAGUUUCUGAUUGCAUAUAAAGAAUUCAAAUGAAGGGUUGCUUGUGAUAUACUGUAAAGUAUUUCAGUUGAUUGCUCAUUGUAUAUUGUAAAUGUAUAUUAAUUGGCAUUUCAAAUGUUUGGAAACUGAUUUUUCCCCCAAAAAAUGGAUGGAUAUGAUUUAUCUUUUCUGAAAGUGCAUGAUUUUUCAUAUACAAACUGUUAAAUAAUUAUUAAGCUAUUUUACGAUCUAUGCACUAAUUGAUCUAGCGGAAGCCGCUUUCCGCGAAAGGCGCAAAAUAAAAUACACAGCCAAAUCUGAUGGUGUCUGGUGAAAUGAAAUGCAAGGAAAUUGUAGAUAUCUUGCAAGACACAAUCCUCACAUGUAAUUUGUCAUAAUAAACAAUUUGUUUUUC